GUGCUGAUCGUGUGUGUGGUGUGACUUGGCCAUCGAAACUGGUACAGGACUUUGAAAUCAGUAUAAAUUUGUAUAAAUACACACGUAACGCACAACACACGAGGCUGCUCGGUGUAAGAGCGAGUUAGUUAUUCAUCGCGAAAAUCAGCUUCUGCCGUCUGCACACUCAUUUCCCCGCUCAGGUUGGACCACUAUUUGUCAACGUCGAGAGUGACAUGUUGACCCCCAAGCUGCUGACACUAGUGCUGGUGGUUGAGCCGCAGCGAGUGCUGCUGGGCAUGAAGAAGAGAGGCUUCGGAGCAGGCAAAUGGAAUGGCUUCGGAGGCAAAGUGCAACCUGGAGAGACCAUCGGAGAUGCUGCGAGACGAGAACUGCAGGAAGAAAGCAGCCUCACAGUGGAUACUCUUGAAAAGAUUGGAAAUAUCAAAUUUGAAUUUGUUGGAGAAACGGAGUUGCUUGACGUCCAUAUUUUCAGAGCCGAUGCUUACAAGGGAGAGCCGAGUGAAUCAGAAGAGAUGAGGCCUCAGUGGUUCGAUAUCGAUUCCAUACCUUUCAGUCAAAUGUGGCCUGAUGAUAUUCUAUGGUUUCCACUGAUGCUUCAGAAGAAGAAAUUCGUCGGCUAUUUCAAGUUUCAGGGUCACGAUGUGAUCCUCAGCCAUAAGCUGGAGGAGGUGGAGGAGCUCUAAAUUACUCAGCAUCUGAUUUCUACCUGAACUGAUUCCAUUCACACUGGCACCAAAACAUCACCGGCCCUCCAAAUGCCUUCCUUAAUUAAAUGCUGUGGCAUUCCUGUUGCCCGUUGUUUAUUGUUUAGUGGCAUUUGGAGGAAGAGGUGGCAAGGCCCUGCUGUUUCAGCAGAACUUUGCAAAUACUAUUUGAAAAUAGAAAACGCCUUUACAUUUCUACAAGGCAAAAUGUGCCCUCUUCCAACCAUUCCUUUUUUCAAAUGCAGGUAAUGCUGGUUCUUAAGUGUCUUGUGCAAACAAUUCAUUUUAAUACAUCAUGACUUGUAUUAUUUGAAUGUAAAAGCAGUCAUUGACAAACAUACAUAUUUACUUUUAAGUUUAAUAUGGCAUGUAAUUAUUUUUUUGUAAAUUAUUUAAUGAUCAAUGCGGAAAGCAAUGUCUACCUUUUACAAUGACAUAUUUACGAUAUCUUUUAUAACAAUUUGAUAUGGUUUUCUCAUGUUUGUGCACAUUUGAUUCCAAAUAAUUUGCCAAAAUAAAUGGCAAUUUUUUAUUAUUUGCACCUAAGCAUUUUUUUUUAGAAAGACUAUGUAAUUCAUACAUCAUUGACUUAAACCUUCAUCAUUCACUCAAACAACAAAUGUCCUAGGGCGUCCGGGUAGUGUAGAGGUCUAUUCCAUUGCCUACCAACAUGGGGAUCCUGGUUCAAAUCCCCAUGUUGCCUCCAGCUUGGUCGGGCGUCCCUACAAAGACAAUUGGCCGUGCCUGCAGGUGGGAAGCCCGAUGUGUCCUGGUCGCUGCACUAGUGCCUCCACUGGUCGGUCGGGGCACCUGUUCAGGGGGGAGGGGGAACUGGGGUGAAUAGCGUGAUCCUCCCAUGUGCUACAUCGCCCUGGUGAAACUCCUCACUGUCAGGUGAAAAGAAGCGGCAGGCGACUCAAAAUGUAUCGGAGGAGGCAUGUGGUAGUCUGCAGCCCUCCCCAGAU